AUGUCAGGUGCUAAAGAAAAUUUGAAUUUAUUUGAAAAAGCAAACAAUGUUCAAGAACUAGCAGCAAUAGAUGAAAUCUAUGCAUAUGACAAUGCUUUACAACAAUCCAUUUUACAAGCACGUCCAUGGUUGCAAAAUCCAAAUUAUUUUAAACGAUGUAAAAUUUCUGCAUUAGCAUUAUUAAAAUUAGUAAUGCAUGCACGUUCGGGUGGUAAUAUAGAAGUAAUGGGAAUGCUAUUAGGAAAACCUGAUGGUGAAAAUAUGAUUGUUAUGGAUUCAUUUGCAUUGCCUGUUGAAGGAACUGAAACACGUGUCAAUGCACAACAAGAAGCUUAUGAAUAUAUGAGUAGUUAUAUGUUGAGAGCUAAAGAGGUAAAUCGUCCAGAAAAUGUUAUUGGUUGGUAUCAUUCUCAUCCCGGCUAUGGAUGUUGGUUAUCGGGUAUUGAUGUUGAUACACAAAUGCAAAAUCAACAAUAUCAAGAUCCAUUCGUAGCUAUUGUUGUCGAUCCAACACGAACAAUCUCGGCUGGAAAAGUCAAUAUCGGUGCAUUUCGAACAUAUCCAAAAGGGCAUAAAUCACUUGAUGAUGGUCCGCUUGAAUAUCAACCUAUUCCAUUAAACAAAAUUGAAGAUUUUGGUGUUCAUUGUAAACAAUAUUAUCCACUAGAAGUAUCAUUUUUUAAAUCAUCGUUAGAUAAACGUUUAUUAGAAUAUCUAUGGAAUCGUUAUUGGGUUAGUACAUUAAGUACGUCAACAUUAUUGACAAAUGCUGAUUAUAUAACUGGACAAAUCAAUGAUUUGGCUGACAAACUAGAACAAGCUGAAGGACAUUUGGGACGUUCCAGUUUUAGUAUUGCAUUACCGGAUCAAGAAAAAAAAACUGAUGAUAAAUUAGCUAAAGCAACUAAAGAUUGUUCUAAAACAGCUGUUGAAGCACUAAAUGGUCUAAUGUCUCAACUUAUCAAAGAACGUUUAUUCAAUCAAGUGAAUUUUCUAUCAUAA